AUCAGGCCAUCACUACACAGGAAAAUACGCUGACGUCAUCGACAUAAUUAGUCUAUGGACUUUGUUGACAUUAUUUUUAUUUGAGUUUGUGUAGCAAAGCAAAUUGUGUAGUGUUUUUAAAACUCUGCGAUGUAAACGAUAACAUACAAUUAUUAAAUUAUAGUGUACGUUAACGCUCUCUUCAAUUUCUUCAUCAGUUGUGUAAAGAAAGACUCCCAACAUGACGGAUAAGGUGUUGGACGAGAAAACCUGGCCGCAGGAGGCCGAGGCUGCCAUCAAUGACAUCCGCAAGCACGUGAAGGUUGCUUCCAUAUCCUCGCAACUGCACAACAACAACCAGCGCAUCUACAUCAACCUCACCACGCUGGAGAGCACAGACUACUGCGUCGAGAUGUCAGGCAACGGCUUCAGGGUCGUCGGCAGAAAGUAUGAUGACACCACUCUGUCCAGCAUAGAGAACAUGAACUACGAGACUCCGUACGCUCUGCUGAACAACAUCAGCCAGAAGUACAGGGAGUCCUUCGGCGGCGAGCUCAUGAACAAGCUGCUGGACCUGGCUGCCCGCAACUCUGAAGGCUGAACCCGUGGCGGUACGCUGUAGUCCUGUGUUCAACGUAGGCCUAUCCACGCCCUCAUGAAAAAGUUGUUUGCUUGAGCAAAUGCAUUUGGUUAUUACUUGAUCUAUAAUUGUUUGUACGCAUAAAUAUUGUGUGUAAUGUUGUAUGUAAAAAUAAGUUUAUUCAAAUAUUGAAUGUUCACAUAAAUAUCAAAAGUAUUAUAAGUAAGGGAACUUGAACAAACCAGGGUUUAACAAGUCGAUUUGGUAAUUAUAUUGUGAACUUUAUCGAUUUUUUAUUGUUGAAAUUUUACUGUGGAAAUGUGUCAAAAUAUCACCUGUCAGUAUUCGCGUGUGCUAUAAUAAAUGUUUAUAUAAUACUAAGUUUAUGUAACUGUGUAGAACUUUAGUAUUACCAAGGUGUUUAGUGGUGAAUGCAAUCUCUGUUAGCAUUACACUGUUAGGGAAUAUAUUAUCUUUCUUGAUACAAAAUUGAUUAUUGUGUGCGUGUAAAGCGCCGGGUUACUUUGUCGGUGCAAGUACCUAAUAUUGGAUUAUUGUAAACAAUUGUUAUACAAACUUCCCCUUGGUUAUUAAGUUGUGCAGACUAGAUCGCAUUCUUGCGCUAGAUUAGUUUUAGAACAUGAGCUCUCACUCAAUGUGGUACUGUCAAGCGCACUUAGACGAGGGCAAUGCGACACAACCGAGCACGGUAGCUUACAAAUUGCGCGCUUCCUGCGUGACCUACUGUCGGCUGACUUCUUAAGUACCGCAGGAAAGAUUCGAUUCAUUCAUUACGUAACUACGGGGCGCCACUAUAAUAUGAAAACGAGCCCAAACAAUAACACUAGUCGAUGUUUCUCAAACAAUAGAUUUAUCAACAAGGCCAGUAUAGUUAUAAAACACGAGCAAUAUGAACAUACUUAUCAUAGUUUGUGACUAAUGUGAGAAUCGAGUUUUUCGAAUCCGUGUGGUAUAAAGCAGCUAUUGUGUACUGGUACCUACCGCGGCGUCGCGGAUCGCUUGCAGUCUUGUGUGCUUUACUUGGCAUUUUAUUAUUAGUACAAUCGUCGACGGACUGAGUACAAACAUAUUGUGUAUCUCUUAGUUUGGGUGCGUGAUACCAGUAGCGCACUAUUUUAUUGUCAUUUGUUAUAAAUUUAUGGCCUAUAGACGUUACAUUUUCAUGGUAAUAAACUAUUUCGUCUGUCUAUAGACAGUACCUAUAUUUGCAUAUUGUAAACUUUGAAUAGAUGUCGGGUUAUUAUUUGUGUUCGCGGCCUAAAUUUUAUAGCUUUUUUACACAAAUGUGUAAUAUUCUCGUGGCAGCUACUGCCGCAUGCACCCAAACUAGCAUCUCUUUAGACGUAAUAUACACAAUUAGCGUAGUGAACUUGUUUGUGAUAGUAAAAUAAAUUCAUAUAUGGAUA